AUGGCGUGCUCCACUGGUCUCUGCUUCUCGGCGUCGAUUCCCCCUCUUCCAGCCUCUUGUUCUUCUGGCUCCUCCCGCUUCCUCACGAUCAAGCGUGUGUCCUCUGCUCCGUCCUUGUCCAGAUGGACAAUCCAAUACAAGCAAUUGGGACAUACAUUAUAUCGGAGAAGCCACGUUCUGGCCUUUGCUAGUGCAGAUGCACCAAAAGGCAAAAGAAGCUCAGAGGCGCCGUCAAGCAGAAGCGAUCAAUGGGGCAUUGGCAAUGAUAGGACUGACUGCUGGAUUGGUAGUGGAAGCUCAGACAGGAAAGGGCAUCUUAGGGCAGAGUCGUCCCAACAAUUUCUGAUUAUAGCAGCUGCUAAAGAGCAGUUCUUCAUACUUAAAUGUGAAAUGUUGAAGUCUUUGAGAACUCUUUUCUUUCUUUUGCCAAAUCAUUGA